AGUUUAUCACGCCUACCAAAUUCUUCUACUUAGAAAACCUCUCUCUUUAUACAACUCUCUCUCUCUGUCAUAAUCUUGAAAACUUACCAUAUUUCACCAAUUUAUUUCAAAACACUCACACUCUCCUCUUAACUCUCAAAGUCUCUCAAACCUCACCACCAUCGCUAACUGCCAUCACCAUGACGGAAAAAGACUGCGGCCACCACCACGAUGAGGAGCCUAACAACCCCCUUCGUCGCCUCAUAGCCGCCCUGAUCGGCUUCGUAAUCCUAAUCCUCUUCAUCAUUCUCCUCAUUUGGCUCAUCCUCCGUCCAACAAAACCUCACUUCAUCCUUCAAGACGCAACCGUUUACGCGUUCAACACCUCUGCCCCCUUUAAUUUCCUCACGACCAACGUUCAAAUCACAAUCGCGUCUCGCAACCCUAACGGAAGAAUUGGAAUAUACUACGACAAACUCGACGUUUACGCUACGUACCGUGGCCAACAAGUAACACUCCCAACGUUGUUGCCACAAACGUACCAAGGUCACAAAGAUGUGUCGAUAUGGUCACCUUUUGUGUAUGGAAAUAAUGUGCCAAUUGCACCUUAUUUAGGUAGUGCAAUUAGUCAAGAUUUAAUGGUUGGAACGGUUUUAUUAAAUGUUAAAAUUGAUGGAAGAGUUAAGUGGAAAGUUGGGAGUUUUAUUUCCGGGAAAUAUCAUUUGUAUGUGAAUUGUCCUGCUUAUGUCGGUGUUGGAGGAAAAAUGAUGGGGAACAGUGUUGUAGUUGGGAAGUCAUCAGCUAUUAAGUAUCAAUUGGUGCAAAAUUGUCAUGUUGAUGUUUGAACAAAUGAGAAGAAAGAAGAAGAAUUGCUCCAUUGUCAACACUCUCAUUCAUCUCUCUCUACUCUUUUUUCUACUUUUCUUUAGUGAAAUCAUUUGGUAUUCGGUACUCAGUACUACUGGUCUUAAUAAAGAGAAAAGCGCUUUCUAUUAGAGAUUGCUUCAUUUCGAGAGUUUAAAUUCAAGAGCUCUAGUUAACGCCGUGUAGUGUGUAUUGAAGGGGAAGUACAUCUUACCAGAGGUUUUGCCAUUCCGAGGAUUCGAAGUUCGAACCUAGACUUGUGGGUAAGGUGGAGCGAUUCAUUAGGGGUUUUGUAUUUUGUGUUUUUAUUGUUAUAAUUUUAGACCUUUAAUGAUAAAUUGGAAACAAUGCAAAGUUUUGUGGGAA